AUGUCGAUGCCCCAAGCAGACUCCAAGGCUCCCAAAGUCUCCUCCCACCCCCUCUCCCACCUCCGCUCCAAGGUCGACAAGCUAUCCUCGGGCCUGUCACGUCUCGGCGUAGCGGUAUCGACGACAAUCAACCCAAAUCAUCGGCAUGAUGAGGAAUGGGAAAAGGAGGUGGAUGCCAAGAUGGAGGCGAUAAGGGAUGGACACAGGUUUAGGAGUUUCUCGGGCGAGAGGGAGGGGAAUUGCGUCAAGUGGCAUGUGGACGGGCAUGAUUACUUCUGGGCCUUGUCGGAGGUCAUUGACCAAGCGGAAGAGAGCAUCAUGAUUCUCGACUGGUGGCUCUCACCCGAGCUGCAGCUGCGCAGACCCGCUGCGCUCUUCCCGGAAUGGCGUCUUGACCGACUGCUCAAAAAGAAGGCAGAGCAAGGUGUCCGGAUAUACAUCAUGGUGUACAAGGAGGUGACAGCCUCUAUGGCUCUCUCAUCAAGCCACACCAAGCACGCCCUCGAAGACCUGCACGACAACAUCGCUUGUAUGCGCCACCCAGACCAUUCAGGCGGAGAGCUCGUCUACUACUUCUCACACCACGAGAAGGUCUGUAUUGUCGACAACAAGCUAGCGGCGAUGGGCGGUCUGGACGCGUGUUAUGGAAGAUGGGACACGAGGGACCAUCCGUUAGCGGAUGUGCAUCCUACCGAAUUCUACAAGAGCUUGUUCCCGGGUCAAGAUUAUAACAACUCCAGGGUGAUGGACUUCCAGACUGUCGAGAAGUACACAUCAAAUGCGCUGGCUAUCCAGACUACGUCCCGGAUGCCUUGGCACGAUACUUCGCUCACCAUCGUUGGACCUAGCGUCGUCGACCUAGUACAGCACUUCUGCGAGCGCUGGAACUUUGUCAAAAAGAUCAAGUACAAGCACGACCACCGAAUGGAAUGGCUUGCUCUACCCUCACCAUGGGAAGAUGUCCGUUCCGAACACACCGCCGACAAGGUCGCCCGUGACAAUGAGUUCCGGCUCAACCACCCGCACCUCGCCGAAUGGAAAGAAAAGGGACGGGCCCUGACGCACCCGUAUCACUGGCCGCCGUCUGAACAGCCGCGCGCGAGCGAGGAGGUUCCGGGCGGGACGUGUAGGGUGCAGGUAUUGAGGAGUGCAGCGGAUUGGAGUCAUGGGAUUUUGAAGGAGGAUAGUAUACAACAGGCGUAUAUUGGCAUGAUUCGGGAGGCUAAUCAUUGUAUCUACAUUGAGAAUCAAUUUUAUGAGCUGACUGGGUAUAGCAUCACGACCACUUCACCCGGUCAGCCGGUUCAGAAUAUGAUUGGUCUGGCUUUGGCCCAACGGAUCAUCUCCGCCGCACAGCAGGGUCGGAACUUCAAGAUCUUCGUCUUGAUCCCAGCAGUCCCUGCCUUCCCUGGAGAUAUUCGAGGCCAGUCUGGUCUCAAGGCGAUCAUGGAGGCUCAGUACAGGUCUAUCAAUCGUGGUGGGGAGAGUAUCUUUGAGAUGGUGCGGAAAGCUGGCUUCAAUCCGAACGACUACAUUACCUUCUGGAACUUGCGGAGCUACGACAGGAUCAAUAACCCCAAGACACUCAUCAAGGAGAUGGAGAAGAAGUCCGGCGUAUCCUUCCAUCAAGCCCAAGUCGCCCUCGCAAAAGUCUACGUCGGCGCGGACGAUGUAAAAGGAGGUGGUGAUCACGAAGUCGUCAAUAUUGAACAGCCGCAUGAUUCCGCUACGGGCGCGGAUCAGAUUGGGAAGAAGGAUACUGUGGAGAAGGCUGUUCCGUUGCCUGCUACGCUGGAGGAGGCAGAAGAAUUGAUCAAGCGUUUCCAGGCUGGUGGGGGCAAUGUCGAUCCGAAAGUAUCCGACAAUAUCUGCCAGCACGCGCUUCAGACGGGCAAGAAGCCGAUAGAUGAGCAUUGGGACGGGACGGAGCAGGAAGAGCUGGACUGUAUCGUAUCCGAGCUCUGCUACAUCCACUCCAAGAUCAUGAUUGUAGACGACCGCCGAGUCAUCUGCGGCAGUGCUAAUCUGAAUGACCGAUCUCAGAACGGAGACCAUGAUUCCGAGAUUGCGAUUCUGAUGGAGGACUCGGAUAUGGUGGAGUCUGUCAUGGAUGGGAAGAAGUACAUGGCGAGCAGGUUGGCGACUUCAUGGCGGAGGACUCUCAUGCGAGAACACAUCGGCCUCCUCCCCUCCCAACCCGCCUUCGACGGCCAAACCCAGCCCAACGACAACAUGCACCCCGUCCCCCUUCUCAACACGUACGACUGGUCUUCCCCCGAAGACCUCGCCGUCCAAGAUAUCCUCUCGCCCGAAUUCGAGCAUCUGUGGUUUACCACCGGUAAAACCAACCGGAGGGCCUUUGAGCGGAUAUUCCGUCCCGUCCCCAAUGACGCCAUUCGGAACUGGGAGGACUAUGCGGCGUACCUUAAACCGGCGGCGGGGAUUGCGACGGGCCAUGUGGCUAAUCCAGAUAUGAGCCUCCGGGAGGUUAAGGAGGAAUUGGGCAAGAUUCGGGGGCAUUUGGUGGAUAUGCCGAUGGAGUUUUUGGCGGACCUCAAGUAUAUGACGGAAGGAGAUUGGCUCGCAGUGAACAGAAUUACACUUGCGCUCUACGUAUAG